AACUGGCACCUUUACUUCCACCAGCUACUCCCAAGCUCCAUGUGUUGCUCACCCGUCGACCGUCAUUUAGUAAUACACUUCGUUUGGUGUGUGUGUGUGUGUGUAUUUGUGUGCUUCUGGCUAUGGCCAAAGCUCCGAAGAUCAGUCCCUGGUGUUGUGCUUGAAGUUUGUCUCCCGUCUACCAGAACCUCCCCUGUUUUUCUAUGGCGGUUUGAUGUCUAGGUGACCCAACAUGUAAGCAUUGGUGUUCAUGAUGAAGGCAGGUGGAGGCUCACCACCCUAUAUGUCGAAGCGGCAAAUGCAGUUCUUCACAGCAGUGAUAUUAGUGUUGGUGUUUGGUGCUCUCCUCACUGCUCUUAAUGUCUAUGAACUGCAUCGCCUCACUAAAGAACACUGGGCCACUGAACAUACACAUGCUGAGGGUGCAGCUUUAGCAGAGGCCCUGGGUGAAAACCACUAUGCCCGCCCUGUGGCCUGGGUGAGAGGCAACAACAAAGGCUCCGGCUAUCUCACCCAUGUUACAAAUGUCCUACACAGGCUGGGCUAUGAGUUGGCUGAGGACAGGGAAGACUGGGAUUUCCUCUGGUCCCACAACUAUCCUUUCCGGGAGCUAAAGCAGACCAUGGUGAAGUUGAAGCCCCAUCAGAGGGUGAACCACUUCCCAGGGUCAGGUUUCAUAACCAACAAAGUUAACUUGGCCAUUUCAGGCUUGCCGCUCAUACCGCGAGCUUUCAGAAUGCCGGCAGAGAAAGCAGAACUCCUUGCUCAUGCCAAAAAGAAUCCCGAGAUGAUGUUUGUGCAGAAGUCCAACAAUCAUCGAGGAAUAAAAAUUGAAAAACUGGAUGCCCUCGACCUAGGAGCUGAAGGGUCUUUUGUGCAGGAAUUUGUGCACAACCCCUUGUUGGUGGAUGGGUACAAGUUUGACAUAGGAGUGUACACCAUUGUUACCUCCAUAGAGCCACUGAGAGUGUACAUCUUUGAGGGAGAUGUGCUCUUCAGAUUUUGUCCCAAGAAGUACCACCCAUUUGAUCCUGAAGUGCAGGACAAGUAUGUGGUUGGAGAUGACUACCUACCAACGUGGAAGGUUCCUUCUCUUGCUCCAUACUAUAAUGACUUUGGCUUUGGCAUGAAGAGUUCCUUUGAUGCCUGGCUCAGAGCCCAGGAUAAGAACCCCAACCUGGUGUGGGACUCAGUCAGGAAUGCCAUCCGUAGUGUGUUCUAUGACAAAGAGUCUGCACUUGUCCAGGCAACAUCUCACUAUCCAAGUUCCAAAAACUUUUUUGAGAUGAUGCGAUUUGAUUUUGUGAUUGAUGAUGACCUCAAAGUGUACCUUAUGGAAGCAAAUAUGUCUCCCAACCUUUCAUCAGCUCACUUUAAGCAGAAUCGUCUGUUGUAUGAACAGGUGGUGUACAAUGUGCUGUCUCUGGUAGGCAUUGGUCGAGCUGUGCACUCGCCCAACCUUGCCACACGCUCCACUGAUGAAGACGAGAUGCAGGCAGCUGUCAAGGAUAUCGUGGUGUUUGCUGACCACUGUUCUGUUAACUGUCAAGGUGGAUCUAAUGCAUGCAGCAGAAUUGAGUGCCAGCUGUGUUUGCCAUGUCUUUCAGAAGAUCAGAAAGCAAACUUUCUACAGGCUUACUUGGAGCAUCAAAGAAGAGGUGGAUGUCGGCGUGUGGUUCCACAACCCAUUCUACACAAUAAGGCCCAUAGUGCUGCCGAUAUGGAGGCACUCACACCAGAAAACACCCUCAUGACAGAGUGGUUCCGUGGCAUGUGCCUCAAUGACAACUCGUUCUGCUCUUAGUGACUCCUAUGAAAUGGUUGCAUUGUGGCCUACUACUGUACAAAAGAAGAAGCCUUGCUUACCAACUUGAGGAAUGCAUUUAAGAAGUGUGAAAAUGAAAACUUAUGAAUUUUCUGAGUAACACACACACACACACACACACACACACUUUCUCUAGGUAAUAGUAUUUUUAAAGUCAUUGUAACAAUUUUUUUUUUUUUUCUGUUUCGAGUUGAAAGUUGAGUGUUUCAGUAUACUUGCAAUAGAGUGUAUGUAAUAUGUUUAGAAAAUUUUACAUCUUUUAGUCAGCCUACUGUUUUUAGCCACCAUCCCCUGUGUUUUUCUUCCAUUUAUAGCUAUCAUCACUUUUGCAUAAUUCUACAUUAUAGAUUGUUGAAUUAAGUCAUAUGGGAAGAUAAUGUUUUUCAGCUUGCCUCUCAUCUAAGAAAACCCUUUCUGGGUGCUAGGAGCAGAUGCUAUCUUUGGUGCUGCUAGAGGUCUGUUUAUUAUCUAAGCAUUACCAUUGAGCUGGUGGUAAUUGAGGGUAAAUUGAGUGAGGCAUGGUUUACCAGAAUAUGCAAUGCAAGCUGUGCAAGUGCCUUGGUGAAAUCAUUGUCAGAAUUCUUCAGAAACAACUACAGAUUUUUACUAGAAUGUAUAGAUGUUGAAUUUUUUUACGAAGCUUUUUCUUUACAAAAGCAAUACAUGGUAUCCUACUGUGAAAAAAUUUUUGUACUUGAUAUAGAAUUUGAGUUUAUUCACAUCCCCAAUUAUAGAUUGAGAAUGAGAAUGGCAGCACCCAUUUACUGUACUAUUACGACAAUCACUAUUUCUAAUAUUGUUGUCAGGUAAGGUGAAGAUAUGGUACAGCUGGGUUGA